UUUACCCGUUUGCGUUUGGACAUUAGCUGAAAAAAAUGGUCUCACCUUUGUAAAACCAUUGAUUGUGUAAAUUAAACAGUACUAUGUCGUCUGUACAUGACAUUAACGUUACUAACGUAAGCAGACACGGUCAUGUAUAUGCGUAGCUCUGCGUGUUUGUCCGUUUCAGAACAGCUUUGAAUCCGUACUUCUCCACCGGGUAGCUCGGCGGCUAUUUGACUGACAUUAGCGUUGGACCAAGACGAGCAAUGACGAGCAGCCGAAAUCCUGGGAUAUGCCCGGCCCUUUUCGCUAUCUUUCUCCUCAUGUUGAGUUUGCACGCGGUGAAUUCAGGCUCUGACUAUGACCCUUAUAAAAUCCUGGGUGUCAGCAGGGGCGCCGGUCAAGCAGAAAUCAAGAGGGCGUACAAGAACCUCGCCAGAGAAUGGCACCCAGACAAGAAUAAGGACCCCAAAGCUGAGGACACGUUCAUCAAGAUUUCUAAGUCUUAUGAGAUUUUGUCAAACGAGGAGCGAAGGUCCAACUUUGACCGCUAUGGACAGAUGGAUGAAAACCAGCCCUUGGGCCAGUCACAGCAUCACGGUUUCCGCAGCUUCCACAACAGCUUUUAUUUUGAUGAGUCUUUUUUCCAUUUCCCCAGGUCCAGGGACUUUGCAGACAGCAAGUACCUGCUUCACCAUGCGCAGUUUAACAGCGACGUCCUUCCAGGCAGCCACAAGAGGCCGUACCUAAUCAAAGUGACCUCUGAGUGGUGCUUCGCCUGCGUCCACAUUGAGCCUGUGUGGAAGGAGACUGUGCAGGAGCUGGAGCCACUGGGUGUGGGCAUUGGCAUUGUGGACCUGGGUUAUGAGCGUCGCUUGGCCAACCAGCUGGGCGCUCACCGUGCCCCCUCCAUCAUUGGACUGGUGAACGGCAGGGUGACCUUCUUCCAUCAAGCUGUGGUACGGGAACACCUGCGGCAGUUCAUCGAAGACCUGCUGCCCCACAAACUGGUAGAAAAGAUCACAGAUAACAACUACCUGGCCUUCCUGGAUAACUGGCGUGUGGACAAUAAGCCCAGUAUUCUCUUGUUUGAUCAAGUGCCAGUUGUUCCUCUGCUGUACAAAUUAACAGCGUUCGCCUUCAAAGACUAUGUGCGCUUCGGCUACGUAGACCAGGGCGGCACGCACUGCACUCGGCUCCUCAGGCAGUUCAACAUAAACACGUACGCACCCACCAUGCUGCUGUUUAAGGAGGACACGGAGAAGCCUGUCGACAUCAUCCAGGCCAGAGGGUUGAAGCGACAGAUCAUGGAUGAGUUUGUCUCCAACAACAAGUUCCUGCAGGUGCCACGGCUCGUCAACCAGCAGCUUUUCGAUGAGCUGUGUCCUGUCAAGCAGUUCCACCGACGGAGAAAGUACUGUGUGCUGCUGAUCACUGGGGACGACCAAGCUUUUCUUCCAGGCAACAAAGCUUUCCUGGAUUUUGCCUCUGCGAACAAGAAAGACGUGCUGCGCUUUGCAUAUGUCUACCAGCGUCAGCAGCAGCCUCUCUGUCAGGCACUGCUCCACAACCAGUUUUCACUGUCACCUCAGGUGGUGAUUCUCGAGAGGCGGAGCCAGGCUGGGAAGGUGCUGUACCGCUCAGUGAGUGGUGGCUGGAACGGCAGCGAGGAAGACAAGUACCGCCUCCACGAACAGCUGGAGCUCCUCCAGAAGGACCCCACUUAUCUGAGCUCGGACACCACUUUGCCAGAACUCAAUAACGAGAUGGCUCCCAUUUUUAUCAUUCAGUGGAUGAACGCCGCCUCUGAUUACAUCCUUCAAAUAUAUGAUGACCUUCUCUACUCAAACUGGCGAGAGAUGAUGCCCAUCCUGUCCUUGAUCUUCUCAGCUCUUUUCAUUCUUUUUGGCACCGUCAUCAUCCAGGCCUUCAGUGAGCCAGCUGAGAACAAACCCCGGAAACCAAAGCCACAGGAGCAACAGCAAACUGAGGACGAAGCAUCAAGUAGAGCGAACACCUCAAGUCGUCCUCCUAAGAAGGACUUUGUGGAGGUGACAGAGCUGACGGACAUCACGUACAUCAGUAAUCUAGUCAAACUGAGGCCUGGACACAUCAACGUAGUACUGGUGCUCACCAACGCCUCCAAGAACGCCCUGCUCAGGAAAUUUGCCAAGGAGGUUUUCUCUUUCUCUGGGACACAAACCCUCCACUUCUCUUUCCUCAAUGCGGACAAACACCGCCACUGGAUGCCGUCACUCCUUCACUCAACCUCAGACACUUCAGAGAGCAGCGGCCAUUCAGACGAAGACGAGGAGCCUUCAGAUUACACAGGAUACGUUCUGGCCCUGAACGGCUACAAGAAGUACUUUUGCCUCUUUAGGCCCAUCUUCACUGGCGACGAUCCCAAUGAGUCUUCAUCGGAGACCUCAUACUCCGCUGACAGUAGGAGAAAGUCCCGGUCCAGGUCCAGGUCCAGCUCCAGCUCUAGCUCCCGCUCUCGAUCCCGGUCCCAUUCCAGGGAAGAUGGGUCCGGUUCCAAGAGAGGCUCCAGCAGAGCCACCACCUUAGAAGUGCACCAUAAGCUUGACAGACUGGGACUGUGGAUGGAAAGGCUCAUGGAGGGAACCCUGCCUAGAUUACACGUCACUGCUUGGCCUUCACUUGAAGAAACCCCUACCAACUCCUCCAGAGACAGCUGAGGUCAAAGUAAAACUGGUAAAACCGUAGCACAUACACUUGACUUGUCUCCUGAUUAAGAAAAGGCUUUUCUAAUUAUUAUUUAAUUUCUUUCUUGCAUCAUGAAGUUGCUGCACUGAGUCUUUGUGACCAGUUUGCUGAAGGUUUUAUUUCACCUGCUGUAGCGUGGAGCAGUUCUCAGUCAGAAACUAAGAGUAGUGUAAACAACAAGCGUGUCAAAUGAACCUGUUUGCAGCAUUACAGAUCCACUGUGUAAGGUUUAGUGACCUCUAAUGGUCGGAAUGCAGAUUGUAACGUACAGAGGAUCACGCACGACAGGAACUGACCAGUCUUUUUUAAAUAAUUUCUUUUUGGCUCAUAAAAUUAGCUGAUUUUCUUUUUUCCUCCAUCUGAUAAAAUAUAUCAAUUAUAACUAAUUAUACAAAAAAUUACUUCACUUUAGUUUCCAGUUAUUGAACAACACUAAUGUUCUGUCUCUCCAGUUGCAAUGCAUGAAACGGGUCAUUAAAAAAAACAUUAACAUUUUGGAUUAAAAAAAAUUACCGGUAUGUUAAAGCAGAAUUUAUCAAGAACAAAAAAUUUAAUAUAAUAAAUUAUAAUUUGCCAAGGCCAAUUAUUAAAAAUGGCAAAUAUCAGCCCCUCUUUUGCAUACCAGAAAGCAUGUCGACUGUCUUCUUUGUUCACAUAGUCAGUUUCUGCUUUUAAAAACAUGCAUGUUUGUCCAAUCAGAUUGCAACCACUGUAAAGCAAGGCCCUCGCUUAACUUACAAUUGAAAAUGCUUAUUUUAAGACUUUGGAAGCCAACAAUUUUUACUUGAAAGAGAUAAUACAGUUAUAUAAACAUACCUAUGAAUAGUAUAUUUAAUGUCUGCAAUUAAAUUUGCCUGAAUACUACACACUUGACCUUUUAAAGCAUCAGACAGACUCAUGUAGAUGCAAAGUCUGAGCUGCAUGACACCACCUGUGUGGCUUUACAGAGACCGAAGGAGCACAAAAGGGAAACUUGGUUUAGAGAAAACAUCAUACAAAAGAGCCAGAGCACCAACACACACACACACAUACACAGAUGUGUGUUGUAAGAUUACAGUGUGUAAUUUUCCUCUCCACCACUUUUGUCCAUUUUUAUUCGUUGACCUUUUGUUUGCUGAAAGCUCUGACGUAAUCUUCUUGGUUCCACGUAUGGAGCUGUUCCUGGUAUUUUUCUGCUCACACCAGGUUGCUCAGCCAUGUCUUGCUGCUGUUUUGUUUUUCUGGGAUUUGACAUUAACUUUUUGUUGAGCGGUUCCCACAAUGUUGAAAUCUGCCUUCUUUUCUUUGAAGUUGCUGUUGAUUUGGACGUGUUUUUUUUUUUUACGUCUUGUCCAUCAGGGAGAAAAAAAUAAAUUCUACUUAUUAUCCUCUGCCCUUUUUAGAUCAAUGCCCUUAUACCAUUGUAAAUGUUAAUGCAUGUAAUACGUAGACCUAAAAUCCCUGAUAAACACUUAGUGAAUGUUUCACCUCCUCUCUAACUGAAUGAUUUGCAGCUCAAGAAAUAGUUCCUCGGUACACUGUAACUCAAAGUAAUGUUUUUUUUUUCUUGUUAUGACCUUACUGUAAGAAAUUAAUUAUAACUUAUUAAAAGAAACUCCUUUUAAAACGUUUAUUUAUUAAAAUAUGUGGAUGACUUUCA